AUGAAGGCUUCCAAAUGCUACAGCCUUUUGCUUAUAAUUCUUGCUUGUUCUUUACAAGAUCAAUGCCUUUGUGGUGCUGAUCCUACAGAUGGAUUUACUCCUGUGCCAUCAACAGAUGAGAAUUUUGACUUACAGAAACCAUAUGACAAACCACUCUCCCAACGUUACUAUUACUCUGAUGGAAUUCGAAGUUUACGGGUCUAUGACAAAGACAAGCCCUUCAAACGUGGCAGCGGAACCGGCAGAUACUCAACUGUGGUGGAUGACUAUUCAUCUGGAGUCUGGCAAUUUGAAGGCCAUGCUUAUGUACCAAAAGGAACCUCUGCGGUCACAAUAGUGCAAAUUCACGGUGCAGCAGAAGGAGCCACAACUCUACAAUUGCGAAUUUACCACGGGAAUAUGAGGUACUAUAGUUACAACUUGGUAGCUACCGAUCUCUACGACAAGUGGUUCAGAGUCAAUGUGAUCCAUGAUGUUGGCAAAGGGAAGGUGAUAGUUUUCAUUGAUGGAGAAGAAAAGUUUGUGGUGAACGAUCAGGGGCCAGGAGACCCUUAUUUCAAAUGUGGUGUAUGCCGCACCAGCUACGUCUAG